AUGUCGGCUGGACCGUACAACUACAGCUAUAUUUUCAAAUAUAUUAUUAUUGGGGACAUGGGUGUCGGCAAAUCCUGCCUACUCCAUCAGUUCACCGAGAAGAAAUUCAUGGCCGACUGCCCGCACACAAUUGGUGUCGAAUUUGGAACACGGAUAAUCGAGGUGAGCGGACAGAAGAUCAAGCUACAAAUCUGGGACACAGCUGGACAAGAAAGGUUUCGAGCCGUCACUCGAUCGUAUUAUCGAGGAGCUGCUGGUGCAUUGAUGGUUUAUGAUGUGACGAGACGAUCCACAUACAAUCAUCUCUCGAGUUGGCUAACCGAUGCGCGAAAUCUCACCAAUCCGAACACUGUGAUCUUCCUCAUUGGAAACAAAUCUGAUCUCGAGGCGCAAAGAGACGUUCCUUAUGAAGAGGCCAAGGCUUUCGCUGAUGAAAAUGGACUCACUUUCUUGGAAUGCUCAGCAAAAACCGGAGAGAAUGUUGAAGACGCCUUCUUGGAAACGGCCCGGAAAAUCUAUCAGAAUAUUCAAGACGGAAGCUUGGAUCUGAAUGCAGCUGAUACGGGUGUCCAGCCAAAACAAGUGGUCAGGCCAACAACGGGAGGAUCGGCGGCUCCUGGAGAGAGGAAAGAGUGCAAUUGC